AUGGCCUUAUGUGUUAAUAUUGCUUUUCUUGAUUCAGCAUUAACAAUGAUGUUUGUGUAUGUUUUUAGUCGACGAAAUCCAUAUGAUAGAAUGGCUCUUUUUGUGAUUGUUGAUUUAAUGGGAAUUAUUGCUGGUCAUAUUUAUUAUUUUCUUGAAGAUAUAUUUCCACGAAAACAAGGUGGUUUUCGAGUAUUAAGAACACCAAGAUUUUUAUAUUGGUUAUUUGGUGAAGCUAGACAUCAUCGUGAUGAAAAUGAUAUACCUCUAAAUGUUGAAAAUGAGGUGUUUAUUUUAUGCUGA